UCGUCGUAGUGACAGAUGUCCAAAGCAUCGCGAGGGGCACUCCUCAGUUGCACCACACCGCAGCACGGAGAGGAGGGCCGGAUUCAUCUGCACCAAAACCCUGCUUUACCAUCCAGCCAGACUCUGGGAAGGAAUUCCGGUUCUUUUUACCAAGUAAGGAUUCAGGAAACACCAUGGGAGGCAAACUGAGCAAGAAAAGAAAAGGAUAUGAUGUAAGCGACCCCAAAGAUAAGAAGAAUGAGACCGCUGCAUCUGAGCCCAAUGUGGAAGAGUCUGCAAAGGUGGAAGAUGGAGCUCCACCUGCAGACAUGACGGCUGGGGAGGGUGCUGUAGUGGAGGAGCCCGCUGUGUCAGCUGAAGCCGCAGCAACCGAAGCUGCCGCACCCCCAGAAGAACCCAAAUCUCCACCUCCAGAGGAGGAAGCCUCUGGUGGUAAGGAGGCAGCUGCUGUCGAGGAGAAACCAGCAGCUGAAGCACUUCCAGCACCAGAAGUGUCAGGUCUUCUUGAAGAAGAAAAAGCUCCCGUGGCAGAAAAGUCUGCUCCAGUUGAAGAAGAACCAGUUUUGCAUGCAAGGGAACCUGCACAAGAAAAAGCUCCUGAUGUUGAGGAAAAAGAGACAGUGACAGAGAUUGUUAAAGCUCCAGAUGACAUUGAAUGUGCAGAAGAACCAGCUCCCAUCACAGCAGAGGAGGCUGCUCCGGAACAGAAAUGCGAACCAGCAGACACGGCUCCGGUUGUAGAAGCAGAAGUUUCUGUAGCAGUGGAAGCAGCUACUGUUAAUGAAGAAACAUCAAAAGACACAAUAGAAAUAUUAGCUGCUGCAGCAGAAGAACCAGCUCCUGCUGAAGAACCACCUUCACCAACAGAAAAGGAAGCAGAGAAAGAAGUACCACAGAAAAAUGAUGUAGAGGAUCCAGCAACAACAGAGUUGCCAAAAGCUGAAGAAGCAGCACAGGCAUCUUCAGCUCCUGAAGCAGAAGAAGAUGCACUGGUUAAGGCUGAACCCGAGUCUGCUGCUCCACCUGAAGAACCCAAUGUAGAAGUUCCUCUUGUACUUGCAGAAUCCGUUCCAGAACCAAAAGCUGCUGUUGAGCCAAAAGAAGCAGUGAAAGAGACAAUGGUGCCUGAUCUAGAACCAGAGGCUGAGUUAAUGCCAGAACAAGCCUUUGAGUCAGAAACCAAACCAGAGCAAAGCCCUGAGGCAGAUCCAGCAGCUGAGACCACAGUAGAGCCAGAACAAAAAGAGCCACAAGUAGCACCAGAAACAGAACCUAAACAACCAUCUGAGCCCGUGUCUACAGAGCUGCCCCAACCAGAGCAAACCUCAGAGCUAGAGCUAGAAGAAUUGCAGCAAGCAGAACAACAGGUCAGAGUAGAGAACGGACCAGGAGAACCUGAAUCAAUUGGAGCCGUAUCAGAGUCUGUGGAAGCAGAAAUAUCCGAGUCUGUGAAAGCAGAGAUGAAGAUCUCUGAAAAUGUGUCUGUGGUAGCAGCAGAGCCUGUCCCUGACAUCGUUGUCUCAGACCCGGUCUCUGCUUGUGACAUGAAUGUUGAGUUGGAAGAGCCUGCCUUGUCUUGCCCAGAGCCAGAGGUGGAAAGCAAGAUGGAGAAUGGAAAUUUAGAGAGCCUGUCUGCUACAGAGGACGUGGCAGACGGAGUCAACGGAGAGCUUGAAGAAAACUCUUCCGCUCCAGCAGAGGAAUGUGUAAAUGGAAAUGAAGAACAGGAGGAGAUGGCGAUCAAGGAGCAGAGUGAUUUUGAGCUGAAAAAGGAUGUGACCCUGUGUGGAGGUGCCCAGGAAGUUUCUCCAUCAGACAUGAUGGAUAGUCUGAGCACAGAGGUCACCCAGGGAGUCUGAGAAGAAAAGUUCUCUUAUGUCACUGUGAAAGUAAUCAAUUUGUCGUUGAUCCAAGAAAGCCAUCAAUCCAACAAGGCUUUCUAGAGUGUUUUGUGACCACUAAAUCCUUUUUUGUGGCCACUCAGGACAAGGAUACUUUCUAUUGAGUAACCCAAUAGAUGGUGUGUAUCCCAGAGUGACGGGACACACACGGGCGCGAUGGCAGUGAGACGGAAGUGCAGAGAAAAGACUUGUGCGCAAAGGUUGCAACUCAACGGCAUGAAGAAAAAAUACUGAACAGUAGAUAUGGUAUUAAAUAAUAAAUGAAUCUGUGUGUGUGCGGCUGAAAAAAUGAUGCACUAUGGUCUUUGGAAGCAUCCAUUAUUAGCAUUUUACUGGAUCUAGAUUUACGUAUAUCCUUUCUAUUAUCACAUGAAGUACAAUGACAUGAUGUGUUGGCCUUUUUUAAAUGAUGGUACCUGUAAGGUCUGUUCAUUUUAAAGUGAUUGUUGAGAAUAGAUAAUAAAGAGAGAUUACUGUAGUCCACAAUAAUA